CUAAUUUUCAAAUUCAAAAAAUAUUCAUAUCUUAUUAAAGUUGCACAGUUAUUAAUGUAAGUGAUAGCGUAUCCGUAUGUCGUCCUCUUUUUGACAGUUUGUUUGGUUGUGCAAUAUAAUACUCCCUCAAAAUUGAAAGCUGUUCUCAAGCUUUUUCUGUUUUUAUAUCAAUGGCAUAGAAAAAUACAAAGUGGUGAUAAGAAGAAGCUUUUUGUUUCUUGUUUUCUUUCCUUUCCAGAGUACACAAUUUCAAAUUCAUUGCUCUCUCACACACACAGAGGGGAAAUGGAAACCAACUCAGUUUCUGGUUGGAAGUUAUUCUUCCUAGUGUGGAUAUUCAGUGUACAGUUGAUUCAAUGUAGUGUAACAUAUGAUAGGAAAUCUAUCAUCAUCAAUGGGAAGAAAAGGCUUCUAAUCUCUGGUUCCAUACAUUAUCCUAGAAGCACACCUGAAAUGUGGGGAGAUCUUUUACAAAAAGCAAAAGAUGGCGGAUUAGAUGUUAUCCAGACAUAUGUUUUCUGGAAUGGUCAUGAACCUUCUCCCGGCAAUUAUUACUUUGAGGGAAGGUAUGAUUUGGUUAGGUUCAUAAAAACAAUUCAAAAUGCAGGACUUUAUGUGCAUCUUAGAAUUGGUCCUUACGUUUGUGCAGAGUGGAAUUUUGGGGGGCUUCCUGUUUGGUUAAAGUAUGUUCCAGGGAUCAGCUUUAGAACAAAUAAUGAGCCCUUCAAGAAAGCAAUGCAAGGAUUCACUCAGAAGAUAGUACAGAUGAUGAAGAACGAAAGGUUGUUCCAGUCUCAGGGUGGCCCCAUUAUUCUCUCUCAGAUUGAGAAUGAGUAUGGGCCAUUCAGUCAUGCAUUUGGAGCUGCAGGUCACGCAUACAUGAAUUGGGCUGCGAAUAUGGCAGUCGGAAUGCGCACAGGGGUGCCAUGGGUGAUGUGCAAGGAAGACGAUGCUCCAGAUUCCGUGAUAAACGCAUGCAAUGGAUUUUAUUGUGAUGCUUUCACUCCAAACAGACCCAACAAACCCAAAAUGUGGACUGAAGCUUGGAGCGGCUGGUUCACGGAAUUUGGUGGCGCAAUUCACCAGCGUCCAGUCCAAGAUCUAGCAUUUUCAGUUGCGCGAUUCAUACAGAAGGGAGGAUCCUUUGUUAAUUAUUACAUGUAUCAUGGAGGAACCAACUUUGGACGAACUGCUGGAGGCCCUUUUGUCACCACUAGUUAUGAUUAUGAUGCUCCCCUUGACGAAUACGGUUUGAUCAGGCAACCUAAAUAUGGACAUUUGAAGGAGCUCCAUAUGGCCAUCAAGCUAUCUGAGCGAGCAAUAGUUUCCACUGACCCAGUCAUUACAUCAUUAGGGAACUACCAACAGGCUCAUGUCUUCUCUUCCAAGCACCAUGGUUGUGCCGCUUUUCUCUCAAAUUACAAUUCAAAGUCUGCUGCAAGGGUUAUAUUUAACAAAAUGCAUUACAACCUUCCACCUUGGUCCAUCAGCAUUCUUCCUGGUUGCAAGACUGUUGCAUUCAACACAGCAACAGUUAGAGUCCAAACAUCCCGCACGCAAAUGUUGCAUAGUGACGCUCAACUGCUCUCCUGGGAAACAUACGAUGAAGAUAUCUCUUCGCUAAAUGAAAAUAAGAGGACGACAGCUUUUGGUCUAAUGGAUCAAAUAAAUGUUACAAGGGAUACCAGCGAUUAUCUGUGGUACACGACUAGUGCUGUACUCAGCCCAUCUGAACCAUCCUUGCAUGGAGGUGCGUGGCCUACUCUUUCCGUACAAUCCAAAGGCCAUGCCCUGCAUGUCUUCAUCAACGGAAGGUUCUCAGGAUCCGCCUACGGGACAAGAGAGAAUAAGCAGUUCACAUUUUAUAAAGCUGUCAAUCUUCAUUCUGGAAUAAAUAGAAUCGCACUGCUCAGCGUAGCUGUUGGAUUGCCGAAUGUGGGGACCCACUAUGAGAAUUGGAACACUGGGAUCCUUGGUCCGGUUUUGCUCCAUGGUGUUGAUAGGGGGACAAGGGACUUGAGCAGGCAAAAAUGGUCUUACCAGGUUGGCCUGAAAGGAGAAUCAAUGAACAUCAUGGGAGUAGCUGGAAUUUCAUCGAUGGGGUGGGCACAAAACUCGCUAGUUGCACGUAGACAACAGCCACUAACAUGGUACAAGUCAUACUUUAAUGCGCCGCGAGGAAAUGAUCCACUGGCUUUAGAUAUGUGGAGUAUGGGAAAGGGUCAAAUUUGGAUCAACGGGCAAAGCAUUGGCAGAUAUUGGACAACUUUGUCAAGCGGAGACUGCAGGCGAUGUAGUUAUGCAGGACCAUACCGUGUCCCAAAAUGUCAAGUUGGUUGCGGAAAACCAACUCAACGGUGGUAUCAUGUGCCGCGGUCUUGGUUGAGACCAACUCAGAAUUUGCUGGUAGUUUUCGAGGAAAUUGGUGGGGAUGCAUCAGGAAUAAAUCUUGUGAAAAGAUCAGUGUCUUGAUUAACCAAUUCGCGGUGUUCAAGUAACAUAAGCAAAUUACAGGCAUAGAUGCCGGACCCAGUGCAUGCUGAAGGCAUUAUAUCCCAAAUUAUGGAUGGCUCUAGCAUGUCAGAGGGUUUUACUGCAAAGAAUUUUAGGUUGCAAGUUAUUUAUCAGAGUCUGCUUUUACUGUUGAAAGCCGGAUACCACUCAAGGAAAACAAAGAUACGGGACUUGGAAAACGCAAGUCAACAACUGGAUUUGUAUGAUGGAGUAAAGGCGAUCCCCAAUUAUGUUCAUUUUCUUUUUUGUCUUGGUAUGACCUGUGCCGUAACGGCCCGGAAAAUGCCGAUGUAUUUAAAAUAUAUACCUAGUCAUUGAUCAACGUCUUUCAAAUUUGUAAAGCGAGGCUUUUGAGAUACUUUUGCGUUUUUAAGAUAGAAAAAAAAUGUGGUGUUCAUCUCAUCAA